GAACUGCGUCGCUCCGUUUGUCAGUCUGUUCAUUUCUCAAAAAAAAAAUUCUCGUUGUAUCAGAUUCAUAUAAUCCGCUAAUUGUGCCAUAUACCUAUAUAUAGAUUUACCGUAUCCCGCGAAAGUACUGAUUAGUUCACUCGAUUUGGGUUUAUGUAUAUCACAUGUUCGGAUCGGUAGGUUGAAUGAGUUUGUGAUUUCCACGUUUUGCAGAUCGCGCAAUCGAAGCAGCUGCUACUUUCAGGUGUUGAAGGCCGUUUUCGAUCAUUAAUUUCGGAUGGUUUAGGGUUUUUUGAUUGCCAAUUAGGGAUUUCUAGGGUUUUUUGAAUAAUCGAGAUAGUUAGGGUUUUGGAUUUGCGAGAAGCGGAAAGGGUGAAGUUUCAGGGCAAUUGAUUUGAAUUGAUGGUUGAAGGCAGUUUUUGGGGUUGUGUUGAAUCUCGGAAAAAUGCAAAGAAGGGAUUUUUAUUAUGCAUGGGAGGUUUCGGAGGGAAGGUGAGGGGAGUUGCAGAAGUCUACAGCGCAGUAUCAGUUGGCAUAUGCACCCAACUGUAAUUGCUGCGGAUUCAAAUUCAUUUUUUAAGGAUGGUCGCAAAAUCAAUGUUGGCGAUUGUGCUCUUUUCAAACCUCCACAGGAUUCUCCGCCUUUUAUUGGUUUAAUUCGUCGCUUGACAUUAAGUAAAGAUAAUAACUUGCGGAUAGGAGUUAAUUGGCUUUAUCGACCUGCUGAGCUAACUCUCGAAAAAGGCCCUCUCUUGGACGGUGCACCAAACGAAAUCUUUUACUCCUUUCAUAAAGACGAAACUCUUGCUGCCUCUUUACUUCAUCCUUGUAAAGUUGCAUUUCUUCCAAGAGGUGCUGAACUUCCUACAGGGACAUCCUCUUUUGUUUGUCGGCGCGUAUAUGACAUUGAAAACAAGUGUUUAUGGUGGCUAACAGAUCAAGAUUACUUUAAUGAGCAUCAAGAAGAAGUAAACCAGCUUUUAGACAAAACAAAGACAGAAAUGCACGGAACAUUGCUGCCUGGUGGCCGCUCCCCGAAACAAGCUAAUGGCCUGACUUCAGCAUCACAAUUGAAACCUAGUUCAGAGAAUGCUCAGAAUAGUGGAACUUCCUUUCCUUCUCAAACCAAGGGUAAAAAAAGGGAAAGAGGAGACCAUUCCACUGAUCCUAUCAAACGGGAGCGUUUCUUAAAGACAGAUGAUAGUGGCUCUAGUCCACACAAAAUUGAAAAUAAUGUGAAAUCUGAUAUUGCAAAGAUAUCCGAUAAAGGUGGAGUUGUAGAUUUUGAAGGGGUUGAGAAGCUUUUACAAUUAAUGCAACAUAGAGUGGAGAAGAAAUUGGAUUUAAUUAGCCGUUCUAUGCUUACUGGUGUAGUAGCUGCGACUGAGAAGAUUGAGUGCCUCAGUCGAUUUGUGCAGCUGAAGGGUUUAUCUGUAUUUGAUGAGUGGCUCCAGGAGAUCCAUAAGGGGAAGGUUGGUGGUGGGAAUAAUUCAAAGGAUGCUGACGAAUCCAUUGAAGAAUUUCUUUUGGUUUUACUUCGCGCACUGGAUAAACUUCCUGUGAACCUCCCUGCACUCCAAACAUGCAACAUUGGUAGAUCUGUGAAUCAUCUACGAUCACAUAAAAACGUAGAAAUUCAAAGAAAGGCUCGAAGUUUAGUUGACACGUGGAAGAAACGUGUUCAAGCGGAAAUGACUAAUAAUGACGCAGAGACUGGUUCCGCCCAAGGUGGACCCGUGUGGUCUUCCAAAUCACGCCUCCCAGAGGCUUCCCAUGCUGGUAGCAGAACACUUAGUGGAUCUGAUGUUGCCGUGAAAAACUCUAUCACUCAACAUUCUGCAUCUAAAACUACUUCAGUAAAGUCCUCGCAUGGAGAAAAUAACACAAAGUCUGCAUCUUCAUCUCCUGGUCCAGUAAAACCAUCUUCGCCACCGGCAUCUGUUAAGGAGAGCCAACCUGGAACUUCUGCUGGUGGCAGUGACACUCCUGAAGCCCCUCUGACUAGGGAGGAUAGGAGCAGCAGUUCAAACCAGUCUCAUAUUUACAGUCCUUCAAUUUCAACAAAGGAGGAGGGAAAAAGUUCGGCUGCUGUUUCUGCAUCUGCUAGUAAGAUAUCAAGCAGUAGUUCUCGAAAUCGAAAAGGUGGUUGUUUUCCAGGGGUUAGUGGAGUUCAGAAAGACAGCAGCUCUAGCAGAAGUUUAUCAUCGAUAAGAAAUUGUACCUCAGAUAAAGUUUCUCAAUCUGGUAUGGCGACUGAAAGGGUUAGUGAUGGACCGUUGCUUGAAGCAGGUAAUCCAAAGCUAAUUGUUAAGAUACCAAACUGGUCACGGAGUCCAAGUCAAGGUGUCAGUGGAGUAUCUCCUGAAGAUCCUUCUGCUCUGAGUAGCCAAUCAUCUCAACCAGUGCUUUUAGACAAACUUGAUCAGUUUGACAAUAACUCAAGGACGAAGAGUGAUGCUCUUCGAUGUAAGGCUAGUCCUGACACGAAUGUUGAAUCUUGUCGAGUCAAUGAUAUGAAAGGUUUAGUGACUGGAUCUGGGUCAGCUGCUGUUCUUCUCGAAGAAGAAAAAAGUAUGUCAACUGAAGACUCCAGGCAAUCUGCGGAAGGCACAAAAAGGAACCAACUGAAAUGUGGAAAGUCGCAUGAAACUUCUUUUAGCCCCAUGAAUGCUUUAAUUGAAAGCUGUGCGCACUCUUCAUUGUCCCCUGAGGAUGAUGUAGGGAUGAACUUACUUGCUAGUGUGGCAGCUGGUGAAAUGUCAAGAACAGAAUUGAUUUCACCUACUGGUUCAACUGAAAGAAGCACACCUGCAACAGGAGUUUGCGUUAGUGAUGAUGCAAAAUCAAAGUCUUCCCCCGAAGAUCAAAUUCGAGGAACUGAAAGUCAGCAGCUUUGUGAUGACGGAGAAGGUGGUCUCAAGAAACAGGUUUUUUUAAAUGGUUCAUGCUUGGAAGAUGGAUUACAUGUGCCUAAACAAGCACCAUUCUCUCCGGACGUGGAUUGUCGUCCAUCCCAUACUUCUGCAGACAUGGCAGCUGGAGAGAAAAACAAACCCUAUGACAAUACGAGCACAGAUUCUAGAAGCACUGCUGACCAUAAAUGGGAGCUUAGUAAGAGUUUGACUCAAUUGACUGGUGCCAAUCAUAAGACUGGAGAUGGUGAAGUAAAUGAAGAAUAUCAGGAGGAAAAGACCCCAACAAGUGAUUCUUGCAUCGAUAAUAUUGUCGACUGUAAAAAAAAUGGAACUAAUGUUGCAGGGUCCGAGUACAAAUCUGGUGAUGAUCCCUCAGACACAGCUAAGGGGAUAAUUAUUGCUAAAGAUGCAUCUCUGAACCAAUUGUGUAAUAUCGAGUGCAAGAGUGAUGUGAAGGAUGGAUUGAUGGUGGGUGCUAAUUCCAUGAAGAAAAUCACUGCUACAGUUGUAAAGUCUGAACUCAAAGAUAGAGUUAGUGAUGAGAAGCCACAACAAACCUCAUCACAACCAAUACUUUCUGAAGAUGGUGAUGAAAUGAAAGUUAGAGAAAUUGAUGAAAAGAAUAUCAGGGCUUAUGUGAGUGAGGUUGAAUCCACUAGUGAUACAGAAAAGAAAGCGAUCAGCGAACCAGUUUCACUGCCUGAGACAGGGUUUCCUGCAUCUGUUGCGAACGAAGGGCAUACAAAUGACAACAUUAGAGGAUCACAGCCUCUUGGCAAUAAAGUUGACAAAGUAGAAUCUGCUUUAGAUGUUGCCAAAACGCCCUCUGCUGCAGCAGGAGCAGAUUCAGAUACAAAAGUAAGGUUUGAUUUGAAUGAAGGGUUUACUGUUGAUGAUGGAAAAUUUGGGGAGCCAGGGAGUUUGGCGGCCUCUGUUUCAACAACUGUUCAGAUGUCCAACAGUCUGCAAUUUUCUGUAAAUCCUUUUCCUACCCUCCAUCCUGCUUCCAUUACAGUGGCUGCUGCUGCAAAGGGCCCUUUUGUUCCUCCAGAGGACCUAUUGAGAAGUAAAGGGGAAUUGGGUUGGAAGGGAUCUGCUGCCACUAGUGCAUUUCGGCCAGCUGAACCUAGAAAAGUAAUUGAAGCGCCUUUGGCUACAACUAAUUUCUCAUGUGAUGCUUCUACCAGUAAAAAUGGCCGCACUAUGUUGGAUAUAGAUCUCAAUAUAGACCUGAAUGAGCCAGAUGAAAAAGUUCUUGAGGAGACAGCUUCUCGAGAUUGUUAUUUGGUUAAUGAUAGUUCUAUAUUGCUUAAUAAAAGUUCUGGUUUUAUACCGGUUCUUGGCUCUGGUGGGCUGGAUCUUGAUUUGAAUAGAGUUGAUGAAUCCAAUGAGAAUGGACAGUGUUCUACCAGCCGGGGUUAUAAUGAAGAGAGUUCUUUAUUGCAUCUCAAACCCUCGGGAGACUUAAUGCCUGCUGAUGUUCAAAGGGGUUUUGAUCUCAAUGAUCAGCCUGGGCUUGAUGAUGGUGGUGCAGAGCACUUAAGGACCACGCAACAAGUCAAAGUUGCUUUGACAUCCCAGUUGCCUUCUAUUGGUCUUAGAGCAAAUAAUCCAGGACUAGGUGGUUUGUCGUCUUGGUUCCCACCAGCUAGUGCUUAUUCAACUGUGGCGAUUCCAUCAAUUAUACCUGAUCGUACUGACCAAUCCUUUCCAGGAAUUCCACCUGGAGCAUCACAGAGAAUUUUUAGCCCUGCUAGCAUAUCUCCAUUUACACCUGAUGUUUACCGUGGAUCAGUAUUGUCAUCUUCUCCUGCUGCGUCAUACCCAUCUGGUCCUUUCCAGAUUCCAGUGUUCCCUUAUGGACACUCUUUUCCUCUUCCAUCUGCCAGUUUUCCAAUCAGUGGAACCUCAUACGCAGAUGCCUCAUCUGGUACUAGGUUUUUUGCACCACCUGUCAAUUCUCAGUUGUUGGGACCAGUUGGUGCAAUUUCACCCCAAGUUCAGAGACCUUUUAUGGUCAGCCUUCCAGAUAAUAGCAGCAAUAGUGGACUGGAAAACAGCCGAACAUGGGGUAGACAAGGUCUUGACCUCAAUGCUGGCCCUGGAACUGUUGAAGGUGAUGUCAGGGAAGAUAAUUUGCCUCGUUCAUCAAGUCAACACUCAGUUAUCAAUUCACAUGCGCAAGCAGAGGAGCAAGCUAGGCUCUAUCCAGCUUCAGGUUUGAAGAGGACGGAACCCGACGGAGGGUGGGAUAAAGAAAACUUCAGAUACAAGCAGUCAUGGCAGUAGGACUGUAAAUUUAUAGGCUACCUGCUCAAUUCAAGUCCUCAGGUUCUGAACCCUCAUCCUGCUGGGAUAAUCUUCAAACCGUCGGUUAUCUGAAAAACUCAUUUCUUAUCUAUCCGGUCUCUGAAGUCCCACCUCAUCUGAGCAUCAAUGAUAACCUCUCCAAACACUACUGGGAGGAUAGAGGUCCUAAUCUACCUGUACAUAGUUUGACUCCUGGAGAAGCCUGAGCUUUUGGCGCCAAGAUAUACUGAAGAUUGAUGUGCAUAGUUUCUGGCUAACCGUUCUGAGGAGGCUGGAUCUUGGAUUUUAUACAAGCCCUUGUGAAUUUUGAGCUUUUACUGUCAUCGUCCUUUGUACUUUUAUACUUUUAUUCUUAUUUUUUUUCCGCCCACAUAUUUAUAAGUAGAUUUAUGUCGAAUUUUGGUUCUGAUGGUUUUUCGUCUCAAGGUUUAGUUGUAAUGGCCUUUGUUGUACUUCAUCUUGGGUUUCCAGUCUGCAUUCGGUUUACAUAGCACGAAAGCAGAGAUGUGCGUUGUUGUGUAUUUCUGAUGCACGAUGUUGGCAAGUGUAAAAGACGAUCAAGAUUUUGCGUGGUGGCCUCUGCCCAGAGCAGCAGUGUUGGAGGAGAAAAUAACAGAGAUGUGAAAUUUAAAUGCUUUAUGGCAUUGAAUUACAGACAUUUAUAUCGUAACUUAGUUUCAAAGUCAUAUACCAGUGAACUAAACACAAUUUUAAGCAAGUGUGCUCUUUAUGCAAUUUUAGAAAGGACUAGUAUGAAUCUAUUUGAUGCUUAAUA